AGAUGAGCAGAUGGGGACGGAGGAGCCAGACCAGACGAACAGGCCGGCGAGGUGAGGCGCGCGCGCGUCUGCUCCGCGUCACGGGAUUCGCCCUGACCACGUAACAGUAGCGUACGCCCCGCGACGGGGUCCGUCCAUCCAGCUCCCUGCCUCGCUGUCCCGCACGCGGUCGCUCCCGCCUCCCCGCUCCGCUUCAUUCUCGCCGAGUCUGGCCCCAGCGAUACCUGCCCCCUCCUGUCAGUGAGAUCGAUGCCCUCUCCCGUCACGUCCGGUGGGGCCUCCCGCCUCGCAUCCCCCUCUCAUCCGCCUCCUACUUAGUACCGCGGCACUAACACUCCUGUACUACCGCUAGUCUAAUAGUCUACUUGACUACUGCUGCAACACAGCAGCUUGCUCGUGAGGAAUUCGUUAGUGGUGGGCUGGUGGUAGUGGUAGAGAUUAGACAAGCAGAGACGCCGCGGUGUGCAGCAUUGUUCGAGGGGAGGGCGGGGGGUGAUGCUGGUGGGCCUGUACGGGGAGCUGGCGAUGGCGGCGACGAGCUCCGAGUGCAGCAGCGGCUGCCAGUCCGGCUGGACCACCUACCUCGACGACCACUCCUACUCCUGCGGCACCACGCGGCUCCAGGGCAAGGCGCAGCAGCCAUACUACUGCGAGUACUCGGAGGAGGACGACCUCUCCAUGAUCUCUGACGCCUCCUCCGGCCCGCGCCAGCAGUGCUCAGCCGGCAAUGACGUGCAAGGUAGCGCCGCCGCGCAUGCCAAUGCGGAGAGGAGAGGGAGGCGGGAGGAGGCCGCCGCAGCGAGGCGGCAGAGCAAGAGGGCCGCCGUCGCAUCUCUGCUCGAGGACACGGCCAGUUCGCCGGCCUUCUUCAGCUACUCCAAGGCGAUUAGCUCGGGAGACGCCAAUGGCUAUGGUGACGCGGAUGCCCCGAUGAUGGAGAUCGGCAAUGCGGCCGACUUCUCCUGCGCCUUCUCCACCACAACGGGCCUCAAGUCUCCCUUAAAUGAGACUCCUUUGGGCGGCUACCUGCAAAUGCAGUACUCCCCGGCUCCUGUCAAGCCGAUGCCCACAAGACAAGUUUGCAGAGAUGGGGGUGAGAAGAUGAGGUGGUGACUGGUGACUGUUGAGGAGCUCUUGCUUAUGCUGGUUCUUGGAAGGAUGUUCGUGGCUUGCUCCGCUCUGUUCUGUUCUUGGGAGCAAUAGGAGAUGGGCAGCUGCAGUGUGUUUGCAAAUCUUCAGAUCUCCAAGAGAUCUUUCUAUUAAUCCCCAUCUGUUUUGUCAUCUCUCUCUCUCUCUCUCUCUCUCUCUCUCUCUCUCUCUCUCUCUCCUGUGUUUCCACUGUGAUUCUGGCCCUGUUCCUCCCCAUCUGCAGUUAGUAUCCCACUUUUUAGCUGUCAUUGCAGUGGGAAACAACAACCCGAGGCAAAACAAGCGCGCGAAUGUGAAAUCCCUUUUGCACCUCGCAGUCAUAUGCUGCUGCUUUUGUCACUGUGAAUGGGCAAUGUGAUCCUCUAUCUGUUAGUGGUAUACUACUAUCUUUUUCUUGUGACGC